AUGGCUUCUUCCACAAAAUUACACUCGGCUACAUUAGUUACUAACAUUAAAACUUGUGUUCCCAUUCAUCUUGAUGAUGAAGGCACGAAUUUUAAUACUUGGGUGACUCUUUUUAAGCUUCAUUGUCGGGCUCAUCUUGUGGAUACACAUAUUCUUCCCGUUGACUCUAGUAAAGCAUCGGCUUAUUGUAAUGAACUUGAGACUCUUGCUACUUCUCUUAACACUCUUGGAACUUCCAUUUUCGAUAAUCGGUUAGCUCUUCAAGUUCUUCAUGGUUUGACUACCGACUACCGUACUUUUCAAUUCUUGGUUCAACACAUGUCUCCCGUUCCUUCCUUUGAUACUCUUCGAUCCAUGUUAGAAUUGGAAGAACAUUCUCACAACAAAGAUAAUUCUUCCUCCCAUGAUUCGGCUCUCUUUACUACUCCCAAACCUUCUUCCAUUGAGCAUUCUGAAAAUUUUGAACCUCGGGAUACCCCCAACCACCGUGGUGGCCACCACAACCACCACCGUGGUGGCCGGUCAAGCCGCGGCAACCACCAUAGCCACCAUACCCACCCUGGAUAG